AAACCACUUCUCCAACCUUCAAGCUCCUCAGUUCCCUGCUGUCUCUAGGCUUCGUCUCAGUUCGAGAAGUCUCUUCGCCUCGCCACUAUUUUAUUCUUGCCUGUUUACAUCAACAAAGACAACCUAGAUCAGCCGCCUUGUCGUCGCAACGAUAUAACCGUCAAGUUACAAUAAGAAGCAUAGCCGUCGCGAUGAGGGAGGACGAGAAGCACGAGAAGAUCAUUCGAGGCCUGAUGAAACUCCCGGAAAACCGAAAAUGCUUCAAUUGCAGCAGCCUGGGACCGCAGUACGUGUGCACCAACUACGCCAUCUUCGUCUGCCCAUCAUGCAGCGGCGUCCACCGCGAGUUCAGCCAUCGCAUCAAGUCGGUGUCGAUGGCCAAGUUCACACCUGAGGAGGUGGCGGCGCUGCAGCAGGGAGGCAACCAGCGAGCUCGAGAGUAUUUCCUCCCAGGGGCCGGUCGAGUGCCGCCCAGCAGCAACGACCCUCAGGCUGUGAGGGAGUUCAUUCGAGCAGUGUUUUUGGAGAGGCGAUAUGUUGGGCGCCGGUCACGGGAGUUCAUGCACGAGAGUUCAUCCGAUCCGAUCCGAGCAGUAUUUGUGGGGAGGCGAUGUGUUGGGCGUUGUUCAGGCGAGGUAUGUAGGGAUGAUGAUGAUGAUGAUGAUGAUGAUGAUGAUGAUGAUGAUGAUGAUGAUGAUGAUGAUGAUGAUGAUGAUGAUGAUGAUGAUGAUGAUGAUGAUGAUGAUGAUGAUGAUGAUGAUGAUGAUGAUGAUGAUGAUGAUGAUGAUGAUGAUGAUGAUGAUGAUGAUGAUGAUGAUGAUGAUGAUGAUGAUGAUGAUGAUGAUGAUGAUGGUUGGAUCAGAAAGAGAUGCUCCCCUUUGGGUCGAGCUCACUCUAUGGACGGCUCUGCCUCCGCCUCCUUCCCCCAGCCAUCCGAUCUCCAACGAAGCAGCAGCGCCCGCGCCCCCCCUUCCUUCUCCCCUGCCCAGCACGAGCAGCAGCAGCAGCCUCAGCAGCAGCCCCAGCAGCAGCAGCAGCAGCAGCAGCAGCAGCAGCAGCAGCAGCAGCGGCCGCAUCAGCCCCCUCUACCGCCCCGCGCGUCCCCUGUUCUUUCGAGCACCACCACCACGACCAGCACCAGCACUACCGCUCCUAGGUUCCCUGGCGGCAGCAGCAGCUCCACGAGCAGGAGUAAAUUCCCUAGCACUAGUAGCACUGUGGAUGCGGUAGACGCCCCUGUGCGGGCUGUGACUGACCUGCUGGGAGAUGAGGUGGAGCUGAGGGUGUACCACAGCGAACCAGGAAGGGGGAAUGCACAUGUGUAUCGGAAUGCCUCCUCCCCCUCUGCUGGCCCUGCUUCUCCCCCCUCUGCUUCUCCCUCUGCUCCCUCUGCUCCCGCUGCUCCCUCUCCUCCCUCUGCUCCGGCCUCUGUCCCUGCCUCCCCACCUGCUGCCGCCCCUGCCACAGCCCCUCAUAUGCCAACGUCAGCACCCGCUGCCCCUGCACCUGCACCAGCGGCACCACUGCACCCGCAUCAGCGUCAGCUGCCCCCGCGUCUGCGCCCUUGGUUUCUCUCGGCAACCUGAUAGACUUUUCGGACGAAGGGGAUGGGGAUAGCCUCACUCUCCCCCCUGCUGCGCCUGUGCCCGAGCCCAAGCAGUGGCAGCUCCAGGAGCAAGGCGAGGCUGGAGUAGGAAGGGAAGGAGCAGCAACUGGUGAGCAGCGGGCUGCAGGGGUGGGAGCAGCAGCAGGGGAGCAGCGAGAACAGGUGGCUCGAGAGGAAGCAGCAGCAGCAGCAGCAGCAGCAGCUGGGGCACAAGUGGAAGCGCAGAGCAGCGGCAGCAGCAGCAUUGCCAAUGGGUUUGCCUCCUGGGCUCAGUUUGAUGACAGCCCCAUGCCAGCUAUGCCUGCACCAGCAAUGCCCGCACCAGCUGUGCCUGCACCCACAAUGCCUGCAGUCACAGCAGGUGGUUACACCUCUGGUUACACCCCACAGCCCCAGGUCAUGCCCGAUCAAUCCCCAGGUUUUUUCUGGCCAGCCUCAGACGUCUAUCGCUGGAUAUGCCCCCUCUGUGGGUGCAGGAUAUGGGUCCAUGGGCUAUGGGCAGGGUCAGACCCAAGAGGCAUAUGGGCAGGGGAAGCUGCAAUCAAUGUCACAGGCAUAUGGGCAAGGGCAGCCACAGAUGCAGAUGCAUGGGCAGGGUCAGACCCAACACGCAUAUGGCAGGGCAGCUGCAAUCAAUGAUGCAGGCACAAGGGCAGGAGCAGACUCAACUGACGAUUGAGGCUCAGAGGCGGGGGUUCCAAGGUGCAGGAGGUUAUGCACAGGGCAGUUAUGCGCAGGCCUUUUCCCCCAGUGCAGUCGCCUCCCAUGCAUUCGCAACCCUUCCCUCCCUCACAGGCGCAUGGGCAGGGCCAGCCACCAUCAAUGAUGCAGCCAUAUGGGCAGGGGCAGAAUCAAGCCUCGAUUCAGCCUCAGAGGCAGGGAUUCCAGGCACCUGGGGGUUACGCACAGGCUUUCUCCCCUCAACAUCACAGCCCUUCCCUCCCUUGCAGCCCCACCAUUACCAGUCCCCUCCCAUUACAGUCACAACCAGACGUUUCAAUGGCAGCGGGAGCCUCGAUCGGCGCAGGCAACCCCUUUGCUCUCUCGCCCGGCCUACAAGGAGCUUUCAUCGCCCUGGCAAUGGCAGUGCCCUGAGUAAUCUCGGAAACCCCAUGGGGAGCCCCGGAAAUCCUGUCAGAAGCCCAGGAGGUGCUAUGGGGAGCCCAGGGGGUGCUAUGGGGAGCCC